GUGCAUGCCAUUGUAGGUGUAUUAGGAGAUGACACAGAUCCUAUGGUAACUGUUAUGAAACUAGAGAAAGCACCACAAGAAUCUUAUGCAGACAUUGGUGGUUUGGAUGCACAGAUACAAGAAAUCAAAGAAUCUGUAGAGUUACCUCUCACACAUCCUGAAUAUUAUGAAGAAAUGGGUAUUAAACCACCCAAGGGUGUUAUUUUAUAUGGUCCACCUGGAACAGGUAAAACUUUAUUAGCCAAGGCUGUAGCUAAUCAGACAUCAGCUACAUUUCUUCGAGUUGUUGGCUCUGAACUAAUUCAAAAAUAUUUGGGUGAUGGUCCUAAACUUGUUAGAGAGUUAUUCCGUGUUGCAGAGGAACAUGCACCGUCAAUUGUAUUUGUUGAUGAAAUUGAUGCCAUUGGAACCAAAAGGUAUGAGUCAAACUCUGGUGGUGAAAGAGAAAUCCAAAGGACAAUGUUAGAAUUACUCAACCAGCUUGAUGGCUUUGAUUCACGUGGUGAUGUCAAGGUUGUCAUGGCAACAAACCGCAUUGAAACAUUAGAUCCAGCACUUAUUAGACCAGGUCGUAUUGACAGAAAGAUUGAAUUCCCCAUGCCAGAUGAGAAGACUAAAAGACGUAUUUUUAACAUUCAUACAAGCCGUAUGACCCUAUCUGAGGACGUUAAUUUAGAUGAGUUCAUCAUGGCCAAAGAUGAUUUAUCUGGAGCAGACAUCAAG